ACCUCCGCUCUCAUUUUUCCUUUUCAUCAACUUCAAUUUGGUUAAAGCGCGAUUUCUUCAAAGAUAAGCUCGGCCAAUUGAAGGAUUUGGAUAAGGCGUACAAACCGUAAGUCACCAUCCCCAAAGAGUCCGAAAUUGAUUCAAGGAGGGAGUCCUAAUGCAUAAAAAGGUAUGAAUUUAGACCUAAAAAGGGGUAGAUGUGGGAAGAACUAAGAAAUCCCAUUCUAAGUAGGAUUGGGUUGUUAUCUUAGGGAUUUGAGAGGCAUAUUAGGAUUGGGUUUUCUUUGUUGUCUAUAAAAGGGGGCCUUUGGCUUUAGAAGGGGCAUUCGAAAAAUUGAGGGAAAGGGGGAAGAAAUCCGAGAGCCGGCAGAGAGAGUGUGAAGCAAAGGAAGGAAGAAAUCUUGUAUUUUGAAGUUUACAGCAAACAAAUAAAAUUGGAUUUCUCUACUUCUUCAGGUGUUGAAAGAUUGGCCCUAAAAGGAAUUAUCAAAGAGUUUGUUCACCUAUUCUCAUUAGAGGUCUUGCAAAGAAGAUGGCUGACGAAGCUAAUUUAGAGAAAGGAGCUCUUGAAAAUCCUGUGGAAAAUAUGGAAAAUACUUUGAAGGAAUUGAUGGUUUCUUUCCAAUCUCUUCAAGCAACCUCAAGGGCACCUUUGACAACAAAUCCUUUGAUUGAAGGAAAUGUGCCGGUGGCAAGUCUCCCAAUUGCCACAUCUACUUUAACUCUUGGAAAGGAGCCAAUGUCAUCUUGCCUACCACAUCACACUAUUGUUGGAGCUUCUAGGAUAAAACCAUUUGUUCUGGAUGUUGGGGUUGCUACAGUUCAGACUAAUGGAAAUGAUGAAGUGGAGACUCAAGUGGUUAAGUCAAUCACAGAGGAUGAAGACAAGGCAAUUAAAGCAAAGGUUGAGGAUGGAAUCAAAUCUGAUGUUAUCCUAGAUUACCAAGUUAUAAAGGAUAUUCUUGAGCAACAUCAAAAUGCACUUGGGGAAUUGACUCCAAUCCCUGCAAACAAGCCUCCUAAUCCUUUGCCAUUCCAGUAUGAUCCACAAGCCAAAUGUGAUUAUCAUAGCAGGACCAUUGGUCAUGAUAUAGAAAGAUGUCUGACUCUAAAGCAUAAGAUUCAAGAUUUGAAGGAUUCAAAAUGCUUACGGUUUCACUCAGACAAGAUUGAUCUUAGAACUGCUACUGAUGAAGGCUUUCACAAGUGAACAAUGGAGUUCUUCCUUGUUGCUAUCAUCGUGGAAUAAAAAUGUGUCUAUCAUGUUAGUUUUUAUUUGCAUUUUCCAAACUCCUUUCAUAUUGCAAUCUUCGUUCUUCAUGUUUUAAUUCAUAGUUAUUCAAUUCUUGAUUUUAUACUUCCAUGAGUUGCAUUGUUAUUUUGAACCUCAUAGAGAAAAUUGAGGUUUGAGGAAAGAGGAAAGUUUGAGAAAUAAGGGAGGUGAUUGAGGGAGAAAUAAUGGAUGAGUAGGAAU